AGAAAUAAUUAUCGCACAGAGCCGCUUGUCAUAACAAAUCAACUUGGUGUCAACUUUGUUUCAAUGCUGUUUGACGUUCCACAUUUAAAACUUAUUGUAAAUUUUAUGCUUAUUCUAAAAUGUUUUUCUGGAACUGUCAUUAGUUAUUAUAGCAAAUCCGACUAAUGCACUUGCACAUUGCGUUUUAACUUUUGCCUAAUGCUUUCCAUUAUGCCCUAGGCUAUUGAUCUCGAAAAUGUUUCACCAGUCGUACUCUGGCGAUAUAUUGCAUUUGAACGUCGGCGGUAAAAGGUUUUCCACCUCGCGUCAAACGCUGACCCUUAUUCCCGACACCUUCUUUACUGCGUUGCUAAACGGCCGAAUCUCGAGCCUUAGAGACGAAAAAGGGUGCAUUUUCAUCGAUCGCGAUCCAGAAGUUUUCUCGAUUAUUCUCAACUACCUUCGUACAAGAGAAAUAGAUGUUAAAAAUGUCGAUUUGAAAACGCUGCGGCAUGAAGCCGAGUAUUACAAUAUAGCGCCUUUGGUCAGGCGGUUAAUAUUAUGUGAAGAGCUCACGCAAUCCACGUGCGGAGAUGUUUUGUUUUAUGGUUACCUACCUCCCCCUUCUGUUCCAAUUCAAGGAGCGGAUACUUCUACGGUUAACCAAAUUCGCACCAAUAGACUCCCAGAGUUGGAAAUAGUGGAUAACCGUCACAAAGAUGAUGAUGUUAAAGAGAGGGAACAACAUAACGCCUUGCAAAAUCCGUCGACAUCCACUUCGAACUGUACCCAACCUCGACAAGGUCAUUCUAGAGCUUGCUCCACAGAAUUGAGGUUAGGAUUACAAGCGAACUAUAGCAGGAGCUCGCAAGACUUGAGGGGUGUCACGAAUAGGGGCCACUCGAGGACGGCGUCCUUGGAUUUGAGACACGCCCGCAAUUCGUCAGCCGAUCUGAAUAAACUCGUAAGGAACGACGUGGGUCUCGUGUUUGGCGCCUCGAGCUCGAGCUGGGCGGACCCUCUGCGGGUUCAGAUAAUAAGAGCCCAUCACAAUUGGAUUGUCGUCGGUUACGCUCACUUUGUUGUGUGCUAUAGGUUAAAAGACUCCAGCGGUUGGCAGCAAGUAUUUACGAGUCCGCACAUCGAGAGUUGCAUCGAACGGAUCGCGAUUAACGCAAAAAUGGGUUCGACCGAAACAUCCAAGAUGGUUGCCAUCUCGUAUGGGAGUCAGGUGCGCCUAUGGGGGAUUUCGGACGCGGGCACUCGAACAAAUGUCGGUACUUUCAAUUUGAUGGUCCGUGUGGAGUACUUGUUUUUCAUUGGCAGCCAGUUGGUGGCAUUGUCACCUUCGGGUAAACUGGGGGUGUGGCACGCAAUGACGCAGCACUGGCAAACGCAGGACGUCAUGCCGAUCGCUUCAUUCGAUACGGCUGGGUCCAUAUUGCUUUUGGGAUGUAAUAAUGGAUGUAUAUAUUAUAUUGACAUGCAAAAGUUCCCUUUGCGAAUGAAAGACAACGAUCUUCUGGUGACAGAGCUGUAUCGGGAUCCCAACAACGAUACGGUAACCGCCAUUUCGGUGUACCUCACUCCGAAAACGACGUCGGAGAGGGGUCGCGAAGACCUGUGCGGGAACUGGAUCGAGAUCGCGUACGGAACCACGUCGGGAGCCGUGCGGGUCAUCGUACAACAUCCGGAGACGGUCGGUCACGGGCCCCAACUGUUCCAAACGUUCACGGUGCACCAGAGCAAAGUAACAAAGGUGACCCUGUCGGAAAAAUAUCUGGUGUCCGUGUGUUCCGAAUACAACCAUGUGCGCAGCUGGCGCGUAACCCGUUUCCGGGGUAUGCUCAGCACACAGCCGGGGUCGACCCCUGAGGCGUCAUUCAAAAUAGUCGCCCUGGAGGCGGCUGAAGCGGGGGUCGCCCCCGUCGGAGGUGUCGGUUUGGGUCUUUCGCCCGCCUCCGCCGUCGGAAACGACUGCGGUCCGUUCGGUGAGCAGGACGACGAGCAGGUGUUCGUGCAGAAGGUGGUGCCCGACGCCGAUCAGCUGUUUGUGCGGUUGGCCAGUAAUGGUAAAAGGGUUUGCGUGAUAAAGGCUGUGGACGGCAGCACUGUGAGCGCGUUCUGCGUGCACGAGUGCGAAGGUUCGAGCCGAAUGGGUUCCAGACCGAGACGAUUUAUUUUCACCGGCCAUUCGAACGGCUCGAUUCAAAUGUGGGAUCUUACCACCGCCCUCGACCUCUGCUACAAGACCGACAUAGAGAGGCGGAACGGAGGCCCGACGCCGGCCGAGUUGCUGCGUAUGCUCGACCAAUGCGACAUUAGCAACAGCUUGUGUUCGACGCCGUGCAUGUCGCCCAGUCCGUACCUGGCGGCUGCGGCGCGUCUCAAAUCGAGUAACGUCGCCUUCCUCAAUCAACAGUCGCACAACGACAACACGGACAGAUCGUCGAGUUCCACGUAAUUGUUUGGCAACAGCGGGGGAAGCGAGAGACUAAGCGUAAACGUGUACUGCCAGUUCUUUUGUCUUUUGUGUUAAGACGGAACCUAGUAAAACAAAUGUGAUUCCCAAUCCUUUUUUUUUUCUUGUGAAACCUCUCUGUAGAGACACUUCUAUUAAAUGGACACA